UAAAUAAAUGUUGACAUUUUGAAUAAUCCCGCAGUUCAUAGAAAUAUUGUCUAUCUGAGGUCUAGUCCGAAACAAUGAAUCACACAGUGUUUAUAUCUUUCUUAGUCUUAUGUUAUUUUAUUGUGACUGGAACCUGUUCAAUUGAUCACAACUUGAAAUAUUACGAGACUAUGCAUGCGUCAAGUCUGCGGCACCACGUCGUGAAGCGUGGAACGAAGCCCUCAAACCAUCUAUUCAACACUAUUAAGGAACUACAUUUUCGAACUUUGGGCAAGGAUUUUAGGCUCAUACUACAUCCUCGGUCAUCGGUAUUACAUUCCAAUUUCAAAGCUUAUGCUGUUGAUGGAGAUGGAAAAGAAACUACUGUACAUAUUGAUAGAGAUAACUUCUAUACUGGCAGAGUGUUUGGGGAAAAGUCUUCAGAAGUCAAGUUGCACAUGGAGGACGGGCUCAUCACUGGCAUUAUCCACACCCCAGAUGAGACAUAUCACAUUGAGCCAUCAUGGCGUCACCUGCCAGACCUGGGUGACAAGACAAUGAUAACCUACAGAGCUUCUGACAUUCGGUUCAGCUGGGCAAACUCCGAUGAUGACACCAAACCCAGGGUCUGUGGAUAUGUUAAAGAAGGCAAAGAACUAGAAGAAGACGACGACGAUAACGACCAACUAGAGCAAAAACACGAACAAUCAGAAAGGGACAAAUACUUGGACAACAUAGAAGUAGACCACGAACUACCCCACAAGCCAGACUCCACGAGCGACAGGGACGAACAUAAGCGAGUGAAGAGACAGAGCGACUACGAGUACACGCCGACCAAAACACGCUGUCCCUUGUUGCUUGUGGCUGAUUAUAGGUUCUUUCAGGAAAUGGGCGCUAGUAAUACUAAAACAACUAUUAGCUAUUUGAUAAGUCUCAUCGACCGUGUCCACAAGAUUUACAACGACACCGUCUGGCAGGAUCGUCAGGACAUGGACGGGUUCAAAGGCAUGGGCUUCGUGAUCAAAAAGAUCCUAGUUCACUCGGAGCCGACGCGCGUGCGCGGUGGCGAGGCGCAUUACAACAUGGUGCGCGAGAAGUGGGACGUGCGGAACUUACUUGAGGUGUUCAGCCGCGAGUACUCUCACAAAGACUUCUGCCUGGCGCACUUAUUCACGGACCUCAAGUUCGAAGGCGGCAUCCUGGGUCUUGCCUACGUGGGCUCCCCGCGGCGCAACUCCGUCGGCGGCAUCUGCACGCCAGAAUACUUCAAGAACGGCUACACCCUAUACCUAAACUCCGGUUUAUCUUCCUCACGGAACCACUACGGUCAGCGGGUGAUCACUCGAGAGGCCGACUUAGUGACCGCUCAUGAAUUCGGCCACAACUGGGGCUCGGAGCAUGACCCUGAUGUGGCCGAGUGUUCUCCGGCGGCCAGCCAGGGCGGGUCGUAUCUGAUGUACACCUAUAGUGUCAGCGGCUACGAUGUUAACAACAAGCGUUUCUCGCCGUGCAGUCUUCGCUCGAUCCGCAAAGUGCUGCAGGCCAAGUCCGGGCGCUGCUUCAGCGAGCCCGAGGAGAGCUUUUGCGGGAACCUGCGCGUCGAGGGCGGCGAGGAAUGCGACGCAGGCCUGCUCGGGACUGAAGAUAACGAUAUGUGCUGCGAUAAGAAUUGCAAACUAAGGAAAAAUCAAGGAGCAGUUUGCAGUGACAAGAACUCCCCGUGCUGCUCGGGCUGCGUGUUCGCGCCGCCGGGCGUGGUGUGCCGCGAGGCGGCGCACUCGGCCUGCGAGGGCGAGGCCACCUGCAACGGAGCCACGGCUGAUUGUCCCAAGGCGCCAGCGAUAGCGGACGAGCACGAGUGCGCGGAGCGCGGCCGCUGCCGCAACGGCUCCUGCGUGCCUUAUUGCGAGACACAGGGCAUGCACAGUUGCAUGUGCGACAUAGUGGCGGACGCGUGCAAGCGUUGCUGCCGCAAGAGUUUGAACAAAACGUGUUUCCCCGUCGCACACAACGACAUCCUGCCUGACGGCACGCCCUGCAUACAAGGCUUCUGCAACAAGGGUGUCUGCGAGAAGACGAUUCAGGACGUAGUGGAGCGUUUCUGGGACAUCAUCGAGGACAUCAACAUCAACAACGUGCUGGGGUUCCUGCGCGACAACAUUGUAGGCGUGGUCGUACUUGUCACCGCUUUUAUAUGGAUACCUGCCAGCUGCGUGAUCAGCUACGUGGACCGACGGAGGCAGCGGCAGCACCAGAAGUAUGUGGAGUGGGAGCGGCAACACGACCUAGUGCACCCCUCGUCCCCCCGGAAGAUUAUACAUACCAGAUUACCAAAGCAGAAGCCGCCGGGCAUGAAAACUGCCAUUCAAGGCACCAGCCAACUUUAAACCUCUCUAGUCAUACAAAUAUUGUAAUAAGUAGAUAAAAUUAAAUUACAUAUAAAUCAAACAAA